GUGGCUUCUUAUUAGCUUUAAGGAACAUAAAAUAAAAAAAGUAAGUGGAAUGGGAAUGCAUUUGUUAUUGACCAGACUAACCACAAAAGAUUGGUAUUUCUUUGCACACAAAUUGAGUACAGACAUCAACACUGGGUUGUGUUGGGUAAGGUUGUUUAGUUGCUAGAGAUAACUCAAAUUUCAGUAAAAUUUGCACUGGAAUGAUAUCAACAGUACUAGUAAUAACAAAUCUAUCACAUAAAAGCAUAUAGACUCGGGGCUGAUAAAUAUGAAUUUGUGUCCAUUAUAUAUAUAUCAUUGCGCCUAUCUGCGAUCAGUGGGGUGAGAACCGGUAGCUAGGUUAUGAAGAACAGUUGUUCUUUCAAAUAUUUCUUGUUUGAAAUAUUUAGCGGGCAUUCAUGUAUUGGCGUUCACGUCAUUCGAUCUACUCCUAUCUUGCUACCGUUUAGCUAUAUUGAGUUUCAUCACAAGUUGAAUUAAAAUAGUUGCACAUAUGACAGACCGGUUAAAUAUAAUCUUGUCGACUUUUCACCCUUCAAAACUAGCGUUUGGGUUCCGUUUUAGUCUGUUCAUUAGAAAUGUCACCCAGUGAAACAGUGUCAUUUACUGGAUAACGUUUCGAAUAAUUUAUUGUUCAUAUUCGUAUCAUUCACCUGAUAUGGAUAUGGACAAUAAAUUAUACCCGGAGCAAUUAACCCGAUAGAUUUUGCUGCAGUCGUUUACAAUUUCUUGCAUGUGUUGCAUUUCCUUAUGAUACAUUUCAUUUACUUCUAAAUACCACUAUAUAAUUAAGGAUCGAUAACUAAUUUUUUUGAAAUGCUGUCUAACGGUUACUCACCAUCUAGUAUCUGUUGGCAAAAUUAAGAUUUUUCCAUAGAAGCAAAGUUUUUAAGGCAAGUGUUUAUAAUUGGAGCUGAGCCUGUAGAUCCAAGACGUCCAUCUUGGAAAAUUGAAGGACCAGUGGUUUCAAACUGAUGAUCUACAUAUGUCCAUGGAGUUAAUAAGAAGAGAUUCACUUACGAACCUGUUCUCGUCAGUGGCUAACAUGGAAAUGAAACCAUUAGAGUUUCAUUAAUUAGAAUAAAAUUGUGGCUGCAUUCCUCGUAAACAAAGUUUAUAUACUAUCUCAAAAUCACUUGAAUACUAGUUCAUCACUGACGAUGUUUAAAAUAAUAUUCAUACUGUAAGAACUGUGGGAAAAGCAUUCAAGGUUAUUUCAAGCCUACCUAAAUUUUAAAUGAGUUCUGAUCAAAAUAAUCAACUCCUGUAUUAUACCGCACAUAUAAAAUUGUUAUACUUCAUGGUGUCUUGCGUACAUUCGAGCCGUUGGAUACAGUUACAUGUUAGAAUCAUUUUCUACAAACACGAAAUCAGAAACGUUGACUGAUAUCUUGGAAACUCUAAUUAAGGGUAUCAAGAUUUACAGUCAUCUUUUUCUGAGGGUUGCAGGCUAAAAAUAGGUUAGUUUGGGAUCUCCAUAUAAAAAAGUAUAUGGCAACUUUAAAAUUGGAAAGACAACCUUGCAUACAGUAAUUUUUCAACCUGACUUCACGAAAUAGAGCUUAUUUGUACUGUAUUGUUACCUGAAGGUUCUUCUUCACUCCUUCGAUAUAGUCUUGUGAACCGCAUAAUGUUUUAACUUUUGCUGACUGUGAAACUACAAUCAGUAGGGAGUGUGGUACAAUUCUCUUUUAAUUCCUACAUAAAAAAACGUUAAAAGAUAUGAAGUGAUCUUCUUUGUUUAGGUCCUUAUUUAACUCCACAUUCUAAUCACUAAGAUCACAUGUACUACUGCAUAUUUUGCAUCCUUACAGUGUUAUAUCUUGUAUGGUGUCCCUGAUUUGCCAAGUUUCUAUAUUUUCAGUGAAACAAUGCUUCCCGAUUUUCGAUCUCAAGCUGUUUUUGUGAACUGUAGGUUCAUUUUAUGGGUUCGCGCGUAGGAGGAGAAUUCAUGGGUUGUGGUAUUUCUCAAACUGAAUCACUAUUCUCACGAUAUCCAGAUUUAAUUUCCAUUAUUCCCCUGUGUCAACACUUGAAUGAUGGAGAAUCUAUUUGGAUAGAUCAUCUUCGUGGACCUUUCUUUCCAGAAGCGCUUGGAGAUUCUAUAAAGACCGAUCGCAUAUCUCAGGAAGGUGUUAAAUGGAGUCGUCUCAUCUUGUUAAAUAGUAAUCAAUACCCUGCCUGGCUGUCUGAAAUCCAGUACUUUAAACAAUGCCUUGUUAGUGAUAUAACCCUUGUCUCUGCUGGUCUUUUUCCAGGUGAAUUGGAGUAUUGUGAUGAAAUUAUUCGUCCUGGCCUAUUCACUUCAUCAUGGUGGGACUAUCUUCUUGGUUCGAAAUCAACCUCCAGAAUUCCUUCACAGUAUACAAAAAAUAGAUCAAUUUCAUCCAGCAGUAAUCUUUCAGUAUUUCUUACUGACAGUACAAUGAAAUGUGUACAAACUAAAAUGGCUAGUGAUAUAAUCCACUUUGCUGACAAGCUUAUACUAGCCAUAAUGUAUAACAGUGAAAAUAAAAUAACUAGGAUAAAAGGUAAUAAAUCAUCAUACUGUAGAAGUGAAACAAUCCACCAGAAAUCCCAAAUUCAUGCAGACAAGUCAAUCCAGCAUACUUUGAAUGUGGUAAAACCAUUGAAUAUAACUGAAUUGGAUGAAAGACGGUGCAAAAAUGUUGUUGAGUCUAAUCCACCCCAAUAUAAUCCUAGGAGCUUUGAAAUCAAUGGUUCAAAUCAUUCUACAUUCAUUAAACAUAGAGAAUUUGAAAAACCAGAUGUGUACUGUUACGCUGAUGAUUUAGUCGAAGAAUCUGUCAAGUGUGCUCAAAAUUUGUCAAUUCUACAUACUCAUCACUUGCACACAUACGCUGAUAAAUUAGUUUCUAAUGUAUUUAAAGAUAUAAGUAAGCUAAUGAAGUGGUCAAAUCAAUUAUCAAAACAAUUACUUACUGAGGCUAAGUAUUCAAAAAUUGAGGAUAAAAACAAUACUAAAAAUAAUCAUGACUGUAGUUAUGUGCAUUCAAUGGAUUCAAUAACGGAUACUGUGAAUACUGAAUACAAUAAAACAAACACUGACACUGAUAAAAAGGAAGAUUACUCACAAUAUCAAAUACAUCAGCAGAAUAUUGGAUCCUGUAGUCAGUCUACUCAUUCGAUGAAAAAAUGUUUCAAAAUAAAGAAUUCUUCACCGAUGGAGAUUAUCAAACAACCAUAUACAAUUAUGCAAUCAGUAAAGGAUAAAACGGAGUCAUAUGAUGAUGACAAGUUUCUUGUUACAAGUUCUACUACAUGUAAUGAUCAAUUAUUAACAAUUAACGUUGACCAUAAAAAAUUUGUAUCUAGACAACACGAUUCUACCAUAUAUAGAUUACCGCAUAUUUUUGUCUCGAAAAAGUUAUCUGAAUUUGUCAAUAGUUUAGUUGUUCGGUGUAUCACUUUAUCAAUUGGAGAAAUUUAUGUUCAGAGAAUGUCGUCUUAUUUGAAUCAUUGUUCAAUGAAUUCAAAUAGCGAUGAUGAUAACCAUAAAAACAACAAUGACCCUGAAACAGCUGUUUCAAAUCAAUAUAAUUCUUCAAACAUACGACCUCCAGGUCUAAUACUCGAUGCUGGAGUAGAAAAAUACCCAUCCAAUUAUUAUUCAGACCCACAAAUGAAAAUUUUAAUUCAAUGGAUAUCUGCUGCACUAAUUUACAAUUCACCUUGUUCCAAGAUCAAUUUUUUAAUGAAUAAAAUGAAUUCCACAUUUGAUAAGAAUGCUGAUAAAGAUACAAGUCGUGAAUAUUUGACCAAUAAAUUAAAAGAACUCAAAGAUCAAAUUUCAGUGGAACACUCAUGUUCACCAUUGAUUUGUUGUACAAAUGGUGAUGAAAAAUUGAAAGGGCUUCAAACGGUUGUCUCUUUAGUCUAUGAAGCUUCGUGGAACGCUAAAGAUUUAUUCUAUGCUAUGUUGGACUAUUGUCAUUAUAGAUCUCAGUAUUUGGCACAUACUACUACUUGUAGUACUACUGGCACAACACUUUCAUCUCAGUCCAUGACAGUUUCAGAAGAAAAAUCAAAAUCCUUGUUAUCCUUGUUUGAUUAUCUAAUUUUUCGACUGCGAAAAAAUCAUUCAAUCCUUGAAUAAGUAUAGUUUAGCAUAUCCUCUGUACAGAAUUGUUGAACACGUGUAAUAUUGAUCAUCCAUAACUUCUCGUUUUUUUUCUAUAUCUUUUGUUAUAUUUCAUACAUAUACUGAUCCUCGGCUUUUCAUUAUCUCAUUUUUGAGUCUCAAUGUGAAACAUUGUUUUCAUCAAUAUACAUUUUUUUUCAAAACAUUUUUGUGAAUAUACCCUUAUAGAUCUCCAAAAAUCGUGCGAAUGUUCUUGUACAUUUCAAUCUCUUAAAAAAGAUAUUAAAAACUGUUUUUACUAAAGAAAUGUGAUAAAGUCCCC